GCGACUAGUCCUCAGUAGCGAAGCCCACCAAAGUCUCAGGUCAAACACCCCCAAUUCCAUUCCCAAUUCCUCAUCGUCGGCACUCGGAGCAGCGCAGCCAGCGACCCCGAGCUCCAUCGAUCGAUGAAGCGAGACGCCGGAGAGGCCGACGGGGAUCUCUCCGACGCCCCACAGUCCUCACCUCCUUUCCGUAAGAGGCCGGCAGCUGAGACGGAAGCUGAGCCGCUUCCCCCUUCGGAUAUGGUGGAGACCUCCAACUCGAGCCCCAACCGUAACCCUAGUCCUCUUCAUGGUGCUCCAGACUAUGAAUGGUCAUGCUUCGCUGAUGAGGAUCCCAUGCUGCAGUCCUCCGCCGUCCCGGAAGAUGAGGCUGCCAAGAAACCGCUUAUUGGCGACAAGGAACUACUAUCUGCAUUAGCAGCAGAAUACCAGUCUGGCAGCCCCAUUCUGUUGGAAAAGAUCAAGCUUCUUGGUGAGCAAUAUGUUGCCUUGCGUCGAGCACGGGGAGAUGGGAAUUGUUUCUUUAGAUGCUUUAUGUUUUCUUACCUGGAGCACAUUUUGGAGACACAAGAUAAAGCUGAAGUCGAUAGGAUUACUGCAAAAGUGGAGGAAUGCAAGACAACUCUGCAGAACCUUGGAUACGCUGAUUUCACCUUUGAGGAUUUUUUCUCAGUAUUCCUUGAGCAACUAGAAAAUGUCUCGCGUGGAAAUGAUACUCCUGUCAGCCAUGAGGUACUUGUGGAAGUGAGCAGGGACCAAUCCACAUCUGAUUAUGUGGUUAUGUUUUUCAGAUUUGUGACUGCUGGCGAAAUACAAAGACGAGCAGAGUUUUUUGAACCAUUUAUUGUUGGCUUAAGCAGUGCUACUGUGAGCCAGUUCUGCAAGACAUCAGUGGAGCCAAUGGGAGAAGAAAGUGAUCAUGUUCACAUCAUUGCUUUGUCAGAUGCUUUGGGUGUUCCCAUUCGUGUCAUAUACCUGGACCGAAGCUCGUGUGAUACUGGAAGUGUAAAAGUCAAUCAUCAUGACUUCAUCCCUGCUUCGGAUGGCCAUAAGGAGAUCAGUCAGAGCAGUGGAUCAGACAUUGGCAAUCUCUCGAAACCCUAUAUCACUUUGCUGUACCGGCCUGGCCACUACGACAUUCUCUACCCCAAGUGACUUCACAGUUAAGUUGCAUUAAGGGUUGUGAAAGGUGGCAAUGUCUAUGGCGGGUUGUAAAAAGUACGAUGACAUGAAAUCAUUGCAGGAAUAGCAUGUAUGGCCUGGAAACUAGGUCUUGGCUAUCAUUUUUUACUUCAUGUUCCUUUUUCACCUGUAGGUCUAGCUUCAAAAAACUUGUGAGAUCCUGGAUUGGCAUCCAACCUGAAUUGACACUCUCUUGUUUAGCUUUAUCUGCCAUCAUGCAGAUGUGCUAGAUGAUGGAAUUCUUGAAAUGAGUGUCCAUUUUCAGGUGCAGUGAUGCAUGAGCAUCCUCAAGACAUGAUCCUUAAUUCUUGUUUCAUGUGGAAGCCACCUGAAGAAGUGCAUCAGAUAGUUACCGAUGCAUUUCAACUACAUUUUGGUCUCCAUCUUUUAUGGUGUGGUUUUUGUUGGUAAAUAACAUUGAUGUCCCUGCGAGCUUUUUCUUCUUGC